CAGUACGCACGCGUCCCUGCGCCUUUCAUUUUAAUCUCGUCGCGAUAUAAGUGUUAAAAGUUUUAGUUGCUAGUGCCGUUAAUUAAAUGAAAAAACAAUGACAAUGGACGUUCAAAAUAACUAUCAAAGUUAUAAAGAAGCAUCGCCAGAUUCAAAAGAUAGUAAUUUGAGUAUUGAAAGUGCAAGAAUGAAUCACGUUUCAAAAACCGAUAUGCAGUCAACAGUGGUGAAUCAGAAUAAAGCUUCGAAGCGAUCUUUCGACGUGGCUUUUUUGAUGAUGCCAGAUGAGAAAAUUCGUCAAAAACCCCCAGAAAGACAACUGAGAAUUUCAAAGCAAUUAUUUCAUAGUGAAGAAUGGGAACAGUCGGUAAAAAGAACUCCUGACAUUUAUAAACACAACGAAUAUUCUAAUGAAAAUACUAUGGAUUCCAAAGAUCAAGAUGAUGACAGGAUUCGUGUAAACAAUAACAUAUCGCCAAGUUUUGGCUCCGAUAUCAAUAUUGACGUCGGCACAGAUGAGUAUCCAAAUAAAACAGUGUAUUGUAGUGAUUCCGAAAAUUCUGACAGAUCCAGAAGUCGUCCCAAUUCUAAUGAAAGCGCUGCUAGACAGCCUAAGUUUUUACCUGAAUAUAAGAAUAAAAUAUUUGAUGACCCGACAUUGAUAAGUAUGCAGACACGUGCCAGAUACGAGAGUCGUUAUUCUGAUAAACUACAUGAAAUGUCACCCAAGAGCGCUUUCACCAAAGUUUCCAACUUCAGUGUCAGGUCUCCAAAUCCUUCUGUAAGUCCUGACAACCUUUUGUAUCAGAAUUCUGUCAGUCCACCUCUGUCUGCUGCUAGCUCGCCUUCAACGUCUUUUAACAAAAAUCCUGGCUUUAACAAUUUGCUGACACCGGCACAUUUGCUGAAUGGAAACAAUUUCUUCAAAACACAAAAUGUUCCAUCUUCGUCUCCAAAUUAUCCUGAAUCAGCGACAAUUCAACAAAGAUCAAGUUCUUCAUACAGUAAGAAUAUGGAGUAUCCAGACAAACAAGGAGAACCAAAAUCUCAUAUGCCACCGAAUAAGUUAAACUUUUUACCAUUCAGACCUGAAAUUCCUUAUCUUCAAGCUGGUGCUUCGUAUCCGUUUGGUGUCCAAAAUUUCCAACCACCUAAUGCUGAUUUCAUGAAAUUUCCGCCAAGGGAACCAGUAAAUCCGCUAAUAGCCAAUCCUGCUGCAGCAAUUUUGAGUACACUACUGCCACCGACUUUGGCCGCAUUUUCUCUGCCUGCUCAGAAUGUUUGUGCUAAGUGUAGCAUCAGUUUCCGAAUGACAUCUGACCUCGUUUACCAUAUGCGUACCCAUCAUAAGAGCGAAUCGCAAGCUGAUCCACAUAAGAGGAAAAGAGAAGAAAAAUUAAAGUGUCCAGUUUGUAAUGAAAGUUUCAGAGAGAGACACCAUUUGACCAGACACAUGACAGCUCAUCAGGACAAAGAGGGUGACAUGGAUGAUGUGCCCUCCGCGCAGGGUUAUAAUAAGAAAAGCAAACAAUAUUAUCCCAAUGGCUCCCUCAUUCAUAAAUGAAUUGAUAAUGCAAAUGUAUUCACUUAAUGCAAUGAAUUUUGAUGUAAAUCUUCUAUGCCAAAGCUAUAUUUAAACUAUAACUGUCGAUAAAUUAUAGUAAAUUCUCUUCUUGUUCGAGUCUUGUUUCGAAUUUCUGUUUAAAUGAAAUCGUUGUUGUUGUUUAAUUAUUUAAGGAUUUAAUCUACGUGCAAUAUUAGACUUAAGUAUUUAUUUUGUAAAUAUAAUUUUAGUAGCUACAAUGAA